AUGGCUAAUGAGAGCUUGGAGGAGUGGCUGCACCCUGGAACUAUAGGACGAGAUGAUGAGUGUAGCGAAUCGAGAAAUCUAAGACUAGUGCAAAGAUUAAACAUCGCCAUUGACAUAGCUACCGCGAUCGAAUAUCUCCACAAGGGUUGCUAUCCAGCCAUUGUCCAUGGAGAUCUGAAGCCGAGUAAUGUGCUUAUGGACAGCAACAUGAUGGCUCGAGUUGGAGAUUUUGGGCUUGCAAAGAUCAUUUCAACAGUGUCUUCUGAAGCCAAAGGAGUUCAAGACCAGGGUAGUUCAACUUCAACUGCAGUAAGAGGAUCCAUUGGCUAUGUGCCUCCUGAGUAUGGCAUGGGACACAAGGUUUCCACACUUGGGGAUGCAUAUAGUUACGGCAUUCUAUUAUUGGAGAUGUUCACGGGAAAGAGACCCACUGAAGAGGCCUUUGGGCACCAUCUUAACCUCCACAACUUUGUCCGAAUGGCUCUUCCGAAUCAAGCAAUGGACAUUAUAGACUUAAGGCUUUGGAGUGAAGCUGGUGAUCGACAACAAGAGAUGAAAAUCAGAGAUUGCAUUAUCUCUGUAUUCGAAGUUGGAGUCGCAUGUUCGAUGGAAUCACCGCCGGAUCGGAUGGGCAUGACCGAGGCAAUAAAGAAAUUACACUUGAUCAAGGCUAGAUGUAGGAGGCAUCCCCAAACCUUGAGAUGGCCUUUUGAUCUCAUCAUCGUCUACAACUUGAUUGUAGAUGAUGAGAGGAGCUCGACGCGAGGUCUUGAGACUCACCAAAGGCAUAAACUUGACAUUCGGGCAAGCUUGGCUGCCCUCAAAUGA